AUGCGCCAACGACCCCCUCACCAUGAAACCACCUCGUCUCCUUCGCCUUCUAAUGAAUCCACUGAAAAGAACCAGUCGCUGCUUUCCUCCGUCAAACAGUCUCCCAAAAUCGCAGCCUACUGUCUGGCCCUGACGUCCGGAAUCCUGCUAUACGGAUAUGACCUCGUCAUCGUGGGCAAUGUCUCCUCCAUGCCUAAAUUCCAGCGCGACUUCGGCCGCAAGCUCAACAACACCCUCAUCAUCCCCUCCCUCUGGCUCGGCCUCUGGAACAUCGCCAACCCCAUCGGCGGCAUCUUCGGCUCCCUGCUCGCCGGCUUCGUCCAAGACCGCACCGGCCGCCGCUUCGCCCUCGCCCUCGCCAGCCUCAUCUCCGCCCUCGGCGUCGCAGUCGCCUACGUCUCCAACCUCCCCGACGCCAUCGACGCCCGCCGCGCCGUCUUCUUCGUCGCUAAGUUCGUGCAAGGCUUCGCCGUCAACAUGAUCAUGUGCACCACCCAGACCUACAUGUCCGAGGUCCUGCCGCCGGUCCUGCGCGGCCCUAUACUGGCCUUCUUCCCGCUCUUCAUGCUCCUGGGCCAGUUGAUCGGCAGCGUCGUCGUCUUCACCCAGCUAGACGCCCCCGGCGCCAUCGGCUACCAGAGAUGCAUCAUCUCGCAGUGGCCAUUCUCCGCCAUCCCGAUGCUCGUGGCGGCGUUUCUGCCCGAGAGCCCGACAUACCUCGUGCGCAGGGACCGAGUCGAUGAUGCACGCAAAGCCCAGCGCCGACUCGACUCCACAGCCGUGAACUCCGACGCGAACCUCGAACACCUGCGUCUCUCUCUCCGACUCGAAAGCGAAAAGUCAGACCACGCAGGGGCAGGAUACAUGGAGUGUUUCCGGGGCGUGAACCGUCGGCGCACGAUGAUCGUGUUGUUUGCGAAUCUGGUGCCUCAGCUGUUCGGGCUGACGCUGCUUGCGAAGGCGAGUUAUUUUCUGCAGACCGUGGGCAUGGAUGCCACGAAUAGUCUGCUGUUUCUGCAGGUGGGGAUCGCGUUGGGUCUCGUUGCUAAUAUAGUGAGUAUGUGGACGUUGACGAGGUUUGGGCGCGUUCCGCUCUUGCUGUUUGGGCUGUCGGUGUCGACGGUGCUUUGGACGGCGAUGGGGAUUUUGGGGUGUUUUCGGGGGGUGGUUACUAUUUGGUGGUCUGCUGUAUCUCUCAUGCUGGUGAUCAUGAUCUGCGGGCUCAGCACCUGGCCGGCGUCGUAUGUCGUGGCGGCUGAGACGUCGGCGCUGUGUCUGCGUUCGAAGACGCAGGGUCUAGGAUGGUUAGUGAAUGGUCUGUCGAAUGGCGUCUUUGGGCUGGUGCUGCCGUAUAUAUUUAAUCCUGAUGAGGGCGCGCUCCGUGCGAAGACGGGGUUCGUGUAUACGGGUUUUUGUGUCCUCGCAGUGGCUGGGACGUGGUUGUUUGUUCCGGAGAUGAAGGAUCGAAAGCCGAUGGAGAUUGAUCGGAUGUUUGAGAUGAGACUGUCGACGAGGAGGUUUAAGGGUUGGGUUGAGGAGGAGAGCUCUGCUUGA